CCCCGGCCGCGCGGCUCGUCGCCUUGACGACAGAGACAAGAUGGAGUCGCCGCGGCACGGGUUGCUGGGCGCCGACCCCGGGGUGCUCAGCCCCGAGCAAGUGGAGAAACUGCGCGACUUCAAGAUUCAGACUCGGAUUGCUAACGAAAAAUACCUAAGGAACCACAAAGAGGUGGAGCUGCUCAUAAGUGGUUUCUUCAGAGAAAUGUUUUUGAAAAGACCUGACAACAUCCAAGAAUUUGCUGCAGACUAUUUCACGGAUCCGAGACUUCCCAACAAGAUUCGCAUGCAGCUAAUUAAGGAAAAGAAAGCGACUUAAUGAGCAAAAUCAUGAUGCUCAGUUGUUGGGAGAGGGCAGCAGGAAUCGAACCUCGAGGGUCAUCUGGAAGCAAGAGAGCCUUGUUGCCAUCAGUGUGGGUAUCCAAGCUGCCUUGGGCUCUGUCUGCUGUCACAAAGAUACUUGUUAAAAACAAUCCAUCCUAUUCUGUCCGCCUUGUUUCACUCAGAAGGAGGAAGAUGGCCUUUGACUAACUGUGGGGCAGCAGUGCCAGCCCAGGGGCCUAUCAGCUAGGUCAGUGGGCGUGUACACUUCAAUACCGUGUACUGCCUGCCCCUGCAGCCCACUCAUUCCGACAGCCAAGACGGGCUGGCCUGCUGGGAGGACACACAGAACAGGGAUGGGGACCCCUGCACAACCAUGGCUGGGUGCAGUGGUACAGGGACAAGCAGAGCCCACACUGUAGCAGUGGCAGCUUUAGUUCCUCCUUAUCUUAUCUCCUGGGUUACAACGUGGAGGGUGAUGAUUAACUUUUAUUUCCAUAGAAGCAAUAGUAGGAGGAAUUGGGCUGGAAGGACGCAAGAGAGAAUGAGAUUAGACAUAGAAAAUUCAUCCAGGGUCAUGAAUAUUGUGAAAUCAGAGCCUGCCAGGUGACUCAGGGAGAUUGUAGACUUUAUUCUUGAGGGUUUUUAGGAACAAGCUGUCCAUCUGUUCAAUUUUUAGCUAAGAGGUAGGGAAAUGGGUCAGCUGGCCUUAUGAAGUCCUUUUCCAGCCUAGGAGUCUUGGAAGCCUUACGUGUUUAUGUGCUACUUUCUGGGCUCCACAGCCCACUGGCUCCACUGUAUAAAGGACCUCUCACCUUUGUGCCACUGGUCAACAUCCCCAUGGCAACAGAAGCACUGACCAAAGCAGGGGUUGUAUUUGUUUCCCUGUCUCUGCCUGCCUUGCCCCCAGCUGCCUUCACCUGCAGUGGUAGAAAGGGCAGCAAAACAGAGUGCUUAGAACAUUAAAACGAUGCCAAAUAAGCUGCGGAACAGGGGCCUGAGGAGUUACUCUAAGUGCUUUCAGAAUCGCACUCAGCAGCGCUGGCACUGACAAUGAGGUAGCCCUGUUUAGAAAAUCCAAAUGAAGCCUUCAGCCAAAAAAACACGUGUCUCCACAGGCCUCUGCUGUGAGGUGUUAUAUUAGGCACUUUUAGGGAAACUUUCCUGGGAGAAGAAACCUGCAACAGUGUGGGGAAGAGCAAAGUGAUUUUCAAGAUGCUUGAGUUUUUUUUUUUGAGAGCAUGAUUUAAUACUGCAGGAGUACAGCUGCUCAUUCUUAAGGGGUGUCGGGUACAAAUGAGAGCUGAAAAUACAUUCAAAGCCUCGCUUUCCUGAGUAAUGAGUGGAUUUAGCACAUAGCCCUAGAGCAUAUGUGUUGUGUGAGACACUGCGCUAGGUCCUAGGGAAUACAUGAGACAGCCCCUGCCACCCAGUUGUUCAUGGUCUGAGGAGGUGGGCUUUUCUCCCAUAUCCGCGUCGUUCUGCUGUCCUGGGCCUUAGCGUGCAGUAUUUUCAGUGUCUAUAUAUCUGAAUAGCCCACUUAUUAGACUGAAAGCUCCAUAAGGGAAGGGACCAAAUCCAGAAAGCUAAUGCAUUCGCUUUUGAACCCCCAGCUCCUAGCAAGUGUCUACACACAGCAGGUGCCCAGUAAGCAUUUGUGGAGAAAAUGAGUGAGUGCAUAAUGGAAUGACCAGUCACAUUAUAAUACAUUAAUUGCUAUAAAAAAAAAAUUGCUAUAGUGGCAAUUAUAGACCCAUGAUAGAAGCAUGUACAUAAUACAGAGGGAGGCAGAAGAAAGAGCACCAAGUCUACCUGGGGGAGGGAGUUGGGCAUGUGAUGGAUGAAAAAGGGUUUGCCAGGCAGACAUAGGGAGGAAGUGGGGAGAGGCGCAGGGUCAUCAGGGUAACUCUGGGGCUUCUAUUCUGCUGAGAAAUGAUGGGCGCAGACCCUGUUUGUCACCAGCCCAUCCUCAUGCCCUCUUUCUUCCUUGCUAGCAGAACCCCAGUUCUGUUCUGGGCAGCAGUGGGCUCAGCCCCACGUAGUGGAUCAUGGUUGAUCUGAGCCAACCAUAACAAUCACAUUCCCUGAUUUCCCAGCCCUCCUUGCAGCUAGGAGCAACCAUGUGAAAGUGUGCUGGGGGUUUCUAGGAAAGCUUUUGCUUUCUUAAAAAAGGGGGGGCGCUAGGGUGAACAGAUCAGCGGUGUAGCCCCCCCUUCUUGUUUGAACCUGAAUAUGACAGCUAUAGCUGAGCAGCCAUCUUGAGACCACAAAGUGAGAGGGUGAAAGCCAACCUGCUGAAGUGGCAGAGUGGAAAGAUCAGAAGACAUUGGGGCCCUGAUGGUGCCUUUGAGCCCCUGAACAGCUGGGUAAUCACCUACCUUCAGGCUUGUUGAUAGGUGAGAAAAAGAAAUCUCUAAUUUGUUUUGAAAUCAGACCAGAGUUUGAAUCCUGAUCCACCACUUCCUGGGUGGGCAAGUCACUUAUCUUCCUCAAGCAUUAGGUUCCUCAUCUAUGAAAGGAGACUUGUAGUAACCACCUCUCACGGUGGUUUGGAGUAGAGAUAAAGAAUGGACAGUGCUGGCACGUGGGGGUGUUCAGUAAGGGGUGUGGGUUAUGGGAGGCGUGCCAGGCAAUGGGACAAGAUGCGAAGGUAGGGGCCCAUGGUAAAGGGUGCUGUGAACUAGGCAGAGGAGAUAAAAAUCUAAAUUUUUAUCAGGUGGGCAGUGGAGAGCUAGUGAAGAAUUUUAAGAUAAGAGGAGUUCAUGAAGUGAUUUGCAUUUAGAAAGUGUGAUAGUGUGGAAGAAAAUUAGAGGAAGCUAAGACUAGAAAUGGAAAGACCUACGGAGACAAUUGCAAUCAUCCAAGCCACCACUGUGUCUCACCUACACCACUAGUCACUUCACAACCAGUCUGUCUGCUGGCUCUCUUGCCUACUAUGUCAGUCGAGAAUGUGUUUAGCUGCAAGUAACAGAAAACCUAAUUUGCAGUGGCUUAAAGAAAAACCCACUGCUGUUGAGUCAGUUCCAACUCAAUGACAAUAUAGGACAGAGUAGAGCUGCCUCAUAGGGUUUCCAAGGCUCUUAAAUCUUGACCGAAGCACACUGCCACAUCUUUCUCUCAUGGAGUGGCUGGUGGAUUCAAACUGCCAAGCUUUUAACCAAAAGCAGCCGGAUGCUUUAAUCACUGCGCCCCCAGGGCUCCUUGCUUAAACAAAUAGGAAGCUAUUUUUCUUACCUAAAAAGAAGUCUAGCAGGCGGCAAGAUUCAAAGGUGUAACGAUGUCAAGUACCCGGACUAGGCUCGUAUUUUUUCACUCUGCCAGCCUUAGCCUGUCACCUCAUGAUUGCAAGGGGGCUCCUGCUCUCAGGCGCCAUUUCUGCAUUCCAGCAGGGAGAAGGGGAGAGAGCCACACCAGCUGAGUCUGUCCCUUUUAUAAGGAGAGAAAAGCUUUCCUGGAAGUCUAUCCUAUGGGAGUCUCACAGGCCGAGAUAGGCUCACGUGGGCCACUCAAAGCUCAACAGAGACUGAGAAAGGGAAUAGUGAGUUCUUCCAGCUUGUAGAGCGAGAGGUAGCAAGAGAAAAGGGGCUUGGGAAUAGCUGUUGGGCCACCCCAAAACAGUGACUAUCCUACCUGCACUCCCUGCUUCAUUCUCCACAUAACAGCUCGGAUGAUCUUUUAUAAGAAACCUAAAUCCGAUUAUGUCAUUCCCCUGCUAAAGUCCUUCCGUGGUCUCCCAUGCACUCAAAAGAAAAUCUAGAUGGCCUUUCAAGGGCUACAAAUCUUUACAAGAUCCCCUCCACCUCUCAGACUUUAUCCCAUUACUACUCUUUCACCUCCCACCUUACUGCUCUAGCCACUCAUCUUUUCUCCUCCCCAAGCAUGCCAACGUAGUUCCCACUUCAAGGCCUUUGAACCUCCCUGGGCUUCUCUUCCCCAGAUCUUCACAUGGCUAGUGGUCCAAGUUGGGAUGCUUUCUGCUGAAAGGAAGAGAAAUCCUAUUACGAGCAGCUUAAACAAAUAGGGCUUGCUUGUCUUUUAUAAGUGGCGCAGUGGUUAAAGCACUAGGCUGCUAGCUGGAAGGUCAGCAGUUGGAGCCCACCAGCCAUUCUGCAGGGGGAGAGAUGUGGCAGUCUGCUUCCAUAAAGAUUACAGCCUUGGAAACUCUAUGGUGCAGUUCUGCUCUGUCCUAUAGGGUAACUAUGUGUCAGAAUUGACUCCAAGGGCAGUGAGUUUAGGUUUGGUCUCUCACACAGCAAGUCUGGAGGUGGCAGCUGCCAGCGUUGGUUCAGGGACUGCAUCUCUGCAGUUUGCUCUCGUUCCCUCAUGGUCAAACGUGGGCAGGGAGGGACUGUGCCAGUGAUUCUUUUCCUUCUCAGGAAGGCAAACAUUCCCCCAAAACAUCCCCUCCACCCCUGCUGACUUUCACUAACACCCAUUGGCCAGAAUUGUGUAAAUGGCCACCUGUUUAAGGGGGGCUGAGAAAUGGAGUAUUUAGCCAGACAACAGUGCCCAAGAUAGCUUCUUGUCACAUUCUCAGAGUCUUUUCCUAGUGGUCCGAUUGAGGUAACCUCCCCCAGCCAUUUUUUAACAUUUAAUUUUUUUCCCCUUAGCCAUUCUCCAUCACAUCACCCUCACUGCACCUAUCAUUCUCUGAUAUUAUCUUGCUUAUUUUCUCAUUAUUUUCUGUCACCUCCAAGAAUUUGAGCUCCAAUGAGAGCAGGAUUUGCCAGGUCACUCCAUGGCUAGCACCUAGAACAAUGCCUGGCACAUAAUAGCUACUCAAUAAACACUUGUUGAAUGGCCGAAUGGGUGGAUGCAUGGGUGGGCAGCAGGAUAAGGGCUUGACCUGUGCAGUGGCAUAGAGAACAGGCGGAACUGACAGACUUGCUGAUUGGAAUGGGCUGUAGUUAUAAGAGAGGGUGUAGGUUCUAGAAUGACUUCCAGGGUUCUGGCAUGGACAAGUAGGGGGAUGAUGGAACCAUUCACUAAGAGAAUACAGAGGGGGUGUAGAUAGUGGCAGGGGAAACAGGGAGAUGAUUUUAGAUCCAAGAGUAUCUAUUGAAUUUGCAGUUGAGUCAGGGACAAUGUUAAUGUGAGUGGCUUCAGUGGGGUGGGGUGGGUGGAAGUGAGGCUGCAGUGGGUUUAGUAGCAACUUCGAGAUGAGGAUGUGGAAGUGGAUCUACACAGCCCGUGGAGACUACUUUCUAGGAGCUUGGCUGUGAAAGGAAGAUGGGAGGAACAGCAGUGGUUAGAAGGAGAAGUAGGGUCAAGGGCAGGCUUUUGUAAUGGGAGAUGCUUCAGCAUUCAAUGACCUGAUAUUUUCCAUCUCUUAUGAUCUAUUUUACUUUUAGGCUUAAAAAGUUAGGAGCUUCUGGGAAUUGCUGCUCGGAUUGGAUCGACAUCAAGAGAAUAAAGACGUGAGCUUAUGGGUGGGCUGCAGGCAGGCCUAGCGUUGCCACGGAGUGACCUGAAGCAGGCUCUGAGGUGUUAGGUUUCCUGUCCUCAAAAUUGGAGCAGCUGUUCCAUAGGCUUGCAGUGAGGAUCGCCUUCACUCUUGCUGUUCCCUCUUGGCCAUGUUCACGGGGUGGGAAGGAAGGGCAGUCUAGAAAGCUGGGCACUCUCAGUCUAAACUGGACUGGCCUCUACUGCCCUCUCCUGGGCAUGGCCGGGAACUCAGCACACCACUUGGAAAAUGCCUGUUUGAGGCCUGAGUAGCCACCACUCUUCUGUCAGUUUGUUGAACUGUGGUGGCUUGCAAGUUGCUGUGAUGCUGGAAGCUAUGCUACCAGUAUUUCACAUACCAGCAGGGAACCUAUGGUGGACAGGAUUCAGCAGAGCUUCCAGACUAAGACAGACUAGGAAAAAGGACCUGGUGAUCUACUUCUGAAAAAAUUGGCCAUUGGAAACCUUAUGAAUAGCAGCAGAACAUUGUCUGAUAUAGUGCCAGAAGAUGAGCCCCGCAGGUUGGAAGUCACUCAAAAUAUAACUGGGAAGAGCUGCCUCCUCAAAGUAGAGUCCACCUUAAUGAUGUGGGUGGAGUAAAGCUUUCAGGACCUUAAUUUGCUGAUGUGGCACGAUGUAAAAUGAGAAGAAAGAGCUAGAAACAUCCAUUAAUAUCCGGAACAUGGAAUGUACAAAGUAUGGAUCUAUGAAAAUUACAAAAAAAAACUAUGAAAAUUAGAAGUUGUCAAAAAUUAAAUGGAGGGGAGGCGGGGCCAAGAUGGCUGACUAGGUAGACGCUACCUCGGAUCCCUCUUGCAACAAAGACUCGGAAAAACAAGUGAAUCGAUCACAUACAUAACAAUCUACGAACCCUGAACAACAAACACAGAUUUAAAGAGUUGACCUGAAUGACAGAGAUGGAGGACGAACAAAUACGGGGAAGCAGCGACUGUUUUCGGAGCCUGGAGCCAAUGUCCCAGUCAGGUAACCUUGGUCCCGGGCUUAGGACUGGGCCCAGGAGAGCUGAACACAAAAUCUUGUGACAGCGAAUAAAGGGGCGCAGCCCUACCCCCCUGAACUGACCCCGGGAGGGGGCCCAGCCGGUCUGCGCGGGCGGCGUGGCGACGCGGCUGGUGGGAGAAGUCCCCGGGAGGCAGUGACUGGUUUUGGAGCCGGGAAUGCAGCGUCCCAGCUGGGGAACCUUGGCGCCGGGCUUUGGACUGGGCGCAGGGGAGCUGAACACGGCAUCUACUCACGGCACAAACAUGGGGCGCAGCCCUACUCCCCUAAACUAACCCCGGGAGGGGGCCCAGCCGGUCCGUUGAGGUGGCCCAGCGACACAGCUGGCGGGACAAGAAGUCCCCGGGAGGCAGUGACUGGUUUUGGAGCCAGGAGUGCAGCGUCCCAGCAGGGGAACCUUGAUGCUGGGCUUUGGACUGGCAGCGGAGGAUCUGACCGUGGCUUUAGCGGGCCAGACCCUCGGGGGCAAUCUCCACACAGCCAGCACACAUAGGCGACAGAUAAAAUAGUCAUCCCAAGCAAGAUAAGCAACUUUGGCUAUGUUCUGGGGUGCUACUCUCCUGUUUUUCUGAAUCCCCCCCUCCCCUUCCCAGGCGGCUUCAUUAACAUUGGAAUUUCCUGAGCCAGAGGGAGAACGGCUCCGGCUCCGUGGCGGCUUUGUUUUUCCCUUUUUUUUGGUCUUUUCCUAACCCAUUCUUCCUGCCUGAGAGAAGCAACCACAAAAAACCCAGAGACCAAAAAUCCUUCCCUAAUUGGACUAAAAACACAGAACCAGCUCCAGCCAAGCAUACAUGAUCCAAAUCUCGGGCUUUCAUCCUUACAGGGAACAAGGUGGCAGUUAUAAUCCAAAGGCAGUUCUGACAGGGAUCUGACUGCAUUUUUUUUUUAGCGGAUUUACUGGAAAAACAAGUUUCCCAGGUCUGAUAUCUCUGCUUAUUCAACAGAGUCCUAACUGACCCACAACAGGGAACUGAGGGCUGAAGCUCCCCCCAGACCACCUAGCCUCUUGCCUUAGGGGACUAAGGAGGGUGACACCUACCAAUCAGUAGAGGUACUUACAUUGGAGGCCUAAGGUACAGCUGCAGUGCCCUCCCACCAAGGUGCUAUAGGAAUAGAGACACACCUACCUCACUGACACUUGGGGGAAGCCUGUCAGCAUCCUGCCCACCCUGGAGUGUGAACCCCAGCUGCUAAUAGAAUCUGGUGCACACAACUAUCACCACUACUUCUCGAGGUGGAUAGGUGUUAGAGUGCAGCACACACUUCAUGACCCAAAAUCAGAUUCUACUCAAGAAUAGUGAAUAGACUCAGGCAUAUAUAUCUGGCAACAGCCCAAACCAGCUGGUAAUAGGUCAUAAGUAAGUCAAGGGCUACAACAAUCAAGACAGCACAAUCUAGUAGCCCAUCCAUGUAUAUUGAAAGAAAACAAAACAAGAGAAGACUCAGUGAGCAAUUAUAGAAUAAACCACUACUAUAUCUUUUUUUUUUUUUGGCUCA